ACUAAACAGAUUAUAUAAAACACACACACACACAUAUACAAUUCGCUUCUUGCUGUAUUUGGUCGAGGUUGUUUAAUUUUAAUUUUGUUUUAUGUAGUUAAAUAAUUAAAAUCCGUAAUUGGCUUUAAAAUAUGUUAAAAUUGUUCUGCUAUUAUUAACAUUAGAACUUGCUGUGGAUUUUUUCUUGAAAUAAAUAAAUAAAUAAAUUCGAUGAAUAAUUUGUAAUACCUUUUCUCCACCUUGGCCUUUAUGUCGGACAUGAAGACAUUCGUUGAAGAGAGAUAUUGUUUAAAUUGAUGUUAAUUGUUCACAGAUAUUAAAAUGAUUCAGUUGACUGGGAACAAUCUACGUAAACGGCAACAGGAACUAAACAACAAAGUGAACGAAGCAUUUGCCAAUGAAACAAAUUUCGAAGAUAUCAAAAAUGAACCAGGAGUUACUGAUGUUGACAAAAUAUUCAAAAUCGAUUUGGCAGCCAAAUAUAAAAAUGUAGAUUAUAUUGUAGAGGUUCUGAAGUCUGGUGAUAGUCUUUACGUUUCACGAGUACUCAAAAAGUGCCCUUGGCUGUACGACGAAAACUAUUCUAUAGUCAUCAAUACUGACUACCUACACCAUAAUGUUUUCCCAUUUAUGUCUAUUAAAAUGAAGAAAAAACUUUUAACUGCAGUGUCGAUAGCUAUCGAAAGCGAGAAGCGUGCUGCUGAAUUCUACAAUUACUGCCUACGUAUUAAGUUCAACAAUUUAGCUGAUAAAUUUCUCCUUAGAACUUCGGAAUCAUUCAAAUUAAACUGUUUAGAAAAUGGCAUUAUAAACAGCGACAUUAAGUAUUUGAAAUUAUUUAUCGGAAACUCUUUUGCAUUACUGGAAGCGUAUAUAGAUAAACUAUCAGAAUGGCAAUCAAUUAAUUUAAUCGAGUUCCGGCAUCUUUAUGCGAUAUCGGAUGAACUAUAUUUAAAUUUGUUGGAGAAACAUGUGAAAAUUAAUAAAUUUCGCAAAAAUGAACUAGGUCUUAGGAUCUCUAAGCAUAUUAUGACGAAACAUAAGAAUCGUGUAUUGAAAAACCCCAAAUUAUAUGUAACCAUAUUAAAUAAAAUAAAACUUGUUCGUCACAGCAAUGUUAACGAUGCUAAAAUGUAUGUUAUCAGUCUCAUGCCAAAAGAAACGUCUGAAUUCUGGGAUAUGAACUUUUACAAGACUUAUAAAUACAUUAUUGAAAUUAUUCCAGAACACGAACGUUACACAUUUUUACAGAAAACUUUUACCGGUCGUUAUCCGUCUGACGAGUUUGAAAUGAACAAAUCAUUCUUUGAUCAAAAUUACUAUAACUUGAUGUCAUUAACAGAGCAAGAGGAUUGGGCUUUACGUCAUAUAGCAAGUAGGAAGGAACUGCUAGGCGCAGGCCGUGAUUACAUUUGGUACAAAUUUGUUAAUUUUGAAAAAGCGUUCGUAGAGAUCAAAAAGUAUAUAAAGAUGACUACCGAUCAUAACAAAAGAACUGAUAUAAUUAAAGUUUUAGUUGAAUCCGCUAAAAACCAAUAUGAUUUAGAACAGCUCUUGAAAUAUUAUUAUGAAAGACAUGUAAAUGAAUCUAAAAACAGCAAAGAAGCCUUUCUGAACAAAGUUCUACGUUGCCAUAAAGUCUUUAAGUUCAAUAACGACUGCUGGGAAGCCUUCGAUAAAAUAUUACAUAGUUUAAAUGUGUAUAACGUUUUAGGUCAUGAGGCUAGCGCAAAUUUGAAAGUCGUAUCACUACUUUAUCAUAUACUGCAUAACAAAUCAAUGCCUCAUUCCUUACAAAAAUAUUUGAAUAGUGAGAUGAGUAGUUAUAAUUUUAAAUGUUAUGUAGAUGACUUCACAAACGAGGAAAAACAAACGCUAUAUAAAUACAUAUUUAAUUUUUACAUUAACAAAAUCGAAAGUUUCAGUACCUUACCCAAAGAUUCAAAAGAACUAGAAGAAACUAAAUCAAAAGUGACUCUAUAUAUUCACUUUCUUUUGGAGUUUAUGGCAAUGUAUAAAAAACAAAAAAAUGAUAUUCCAGAAAUAGUCAUGAAAUUUAUAAAACUUGACUGGAAUUCAUUUAGAUAUCAACAAAUACUCGAGGAAAAAAGUGAAGAAAAAAUAUCUGAACGUAAGUUACUGAAGUGUAUGAAAGAAAAUGCUUAUCGUCUAGUUGAUACUUUAGGAGAUUUAAAGUCGGUAAUAUCCGAUAAUUGGAGUUUCAGAAUGAACACAUUCCUGAAAAAGUUAAGAAUAUAUUUUGUAAGUGAUAUUUCGAAAGAAUACUUAAAAUUCUUUCAGCAAUUAUUAUUGGAGAAAGUGUUACAACACCGGGUUGCAGCUACUGCUGUGUUCUCAAUUUUUCAGCUUAGCGAUGAGGCGUCUAAAAUUGAUUUCAUGAAGAAUUACGCUCCAAAAUCCGCAAAAAUAGAUCAUGUUAAUGUGGAUCCAGUCCAUUUAAAUAUUCAGGAAAAUAUUUGCCGGUUCGCUUGUUAUUCUCGACCACCUGUACCUUUAUCGUCUGUGAUUAUGUACUUAAAAGGUGACUAUGUUCGCUACUGCUUACCUAUGUUUAAUAUGUACUUGGCAAAUUUACCGCAACCCUUAUGUCUUAAAUUCGUAGAAUCUAUCAUACAAUUUCCGAUAUCGGUACAGAAACACGGAUUGCGAUUAGCUUUCAAAUGCUUUGAUGCAGAUAAUUUGACCAAACUGGUUUUAGAUUGUUGGAGGAAAACAAAAAAUGUGUCGUUAAGAAGUGUAAUUUAUAGAGCGUUCUUCAAAAAGAACAUGGAAGAAGAUUCUAGAGAGCUGUUUGAUGUAUUAAAGACACUAACUGCUGAUAUCAAAGAGGACGAUGACGACGAAUUAUUCAACAUCAUAAUGAGAAACAAAUUAUCCGAAGAAUUUCUAGGAGAAUUCUAUGAGAUUGUAUGGAAUACUGUUCAAAAGUUUUCUAACAAUCAGACCAAUUUACUACGUAAAUUAAACAUGAUUCAUUGUGUUGACGAUAGUUUGAGAUUAAUGAAAAAAGAUAUAUUAAAAAGUAUCAUCGAUGAACAUCUGGAAACUGUGUUUAAUGAGAGUAUGGUGGAGAUAAACGACAGUAACGCAAAUUUGAUUGGAGUUAAGUGGGAACUUACAGCUCAUUAUAUAGUCUACUUUACAAACUCUGAGGAAGACCGCAAAGAAAGUAUAGAGGUAGCGAAGACCAUUAUUCAACGAUGUAUUGAAAAUUGGAAUAAGGUUGUCGGAGAUGUUUACUUAUACCGUCGAAUUUGUUAUGAUCUUAUUAAAAAGCUGGAUCGGAAAAGUUUAUCUGAUGACGCCAUAAAUUAUGAAUCUUCCACUUGUGUUUUUGAAGCUAUUUUGGAAAAAUUACAGUCCUCUUUGCCGAUAUAUGAAAUUUACAUUUUCGUAUGGAAGUUACGUUUGAAAAUGAUUACUGGCAAGUUGAUCGAAGCGCAUAGAAAGAAGUGCACUGAUGAAAAUAAAGUGGAGAUGACCGUUGAAACAGCUGUAAUUUAUGGGAAAGAAAUUGGAAAACUUAUAGCGGAAUUUGUUGAAAAAAAUCUAUAUUACUCAUAUUUUACCAAUCAUAUUGUAGAAAUGGUUAUCGAUUAUAUUUAUGAUAUUAUAUCGAGUAACAUAACAACUGUGAAGUAUCAUGAUAUACUAGUUGCAUUUACUCGUGGUCUCUUAGAAUGUAAUACAUCUGAAGCUCGUUCGUUUGCACUGCAAGUGCUGCCUCAGGAUCCAGAAGAGGAAUGUAAUUUGAAUGCCUUUAAGGAAGUUUUCGAAUCUUUACGUGGUCAGGCGGAUAUGGAGUUAAAUAGCUGCCUAUAUGAAAAAUAUUACAGCGAUUGUAAGAGAAGACGUUUCUUGUAAUAACUUAGGGUUACGAAAAGGGUUCUUUUUUACUAACAAUCAUAAUUAAGGUUUAAGAACAUGCACGCGUUGGAGAGUGUUAUCGCAUUUUGUACAGUUGACACGUCAGUUGACUAAAACAGGUCAUAUUUCUCUUAAGUAACCCAAGUUCAAAAUUAAUUGGAGAAAUUUUACCUUUUUGGUAAACUCAUGUGUUGCGGCAAGAAUACGCCGUAUGUAUCACGUUCUGUUAAAAGCCAUUUAAUGUCUGGUCCACA